GCAACUUUGCGCUAUCAAACGGCCUUCCUACCUGUGUCUCGUCAAUAGGUCAUCCCUUUGCAUUAUCUCAUGCAGAGGAUCUGCAGCUAUGGCUUCUUCGUCGAAAUCGUCCCAGACCUCUCUCUUUGAAGUUUACCUCCGUCUCCGUCCGCCUAUGUCGCAGCAGGAUGCCGUACGGGGAGAGCGCUUCUUGACCGUGGAGCCUCCAGAAUGUCAAGAGAAUGCCGGAGAUAAUGACGCAAAUUUCCAUGUUCCUGUUCCAACUCACAUUACCCUACAUCCCCCUAAUGACAACAAGAAACGUGCCGUGGAGAAAUUCGCCUUCACCAAGGUCUUUGAGGAAACAUCUUCCCAGAUGGACAUAUUCCAGGAUACGGGGAUGGGCUCGUUGAUAAAAGGUGUACUGCUUGAAGGCAGGGACGGAUUGGUUGCCACUCUAGGCGUCACAGGCAGUGGAAAGAGCCAUACAAUACUCGGAUCAAAAUCACAACGUGGGAUAAUACAAAUGGGCCUUGAUGUUAUUUUUCAUUCCCUGGCUUCAACAGUCAAGCCGUCAGAUGUGGCAGAGCAGUCAACUCUUGCUUCCAUAGCCGCGACGGAUCCCUCUGAGUCCCAGAUUUUCUCUGCACAGACAUUCAUCGAGGCAGUUUAUGGGGAACCGAAUGGGCGUAAUUCCAGAGCCCAGACCCCGUCAUCUAGAUCACAAACACCUUUGAUGGAACCGAUGCCAGCGUUGAUCUUUCCCCGCCGUCAUGCGCUGCACCCUCCCAACUUGCUACCCCGAUUGCCCGACGUUGGUCAUCUAGCCGUGGAACUCAACAAGGAUGCCGAAUAUGCCGUUUUGCUGUCAAUGUACGAAGUAUACAAUGACCGCAUUUUUGAUCUCCUGUCACCCGCCAUAGUACCUGGUCAAGGAAGCACAGUGUCCCGACAAACACCGAACAGUCAGAAAGAUCGGCGAAGGCCAUUGCUAUUCAAGCCUACAGAAGGUUCCCCGGACAGAAAGGUUGUUGCAGGACUGCGCAAAGUUGUUUGCGGUACCUACGAAGAAGCUCUCGCAGUUCUUGAAGCCGGACUUACUGAGCGCAAAGUGACCGGGACUGGAGCCAAUAGCGUCAGUUCUCGCAGUCACGGAUUCUUUUGUAUUGAGGUUAAGAGAAAGGUGAGAGGCAGACGACAUGGAGAUGACGCAUGGGUAGGAAAUACCUUAACAGUCGUCGAUCUCGCCGGUUCGGAACGAGCCCGGACGGCAAAGACGGCCGGUGCCACCCUGGCUGAGGCUGGUAAAAUCAAUGAAAGCUUGAUGUACUUGGGACAGUGUCUACAAAUGCAAAGCGACCUUCAAGAUGGAAAUAAGACCUCUCUCGUUCCAUUCCGACAAUGUAAACUCACUGAACUGCUGUUUUCUAACUCUUUUCCGUCGCCAAACCAAACUACGUCUUCAAGUCGCCGCCCACAGAGGGGAGUUAUGAUUGUCGCUGCUGAUCCCUUGGGAGACUUUAAUGCCACUUCUCAAAUACUGCGCUAUUCGGCACUAGCGAAGGAAGUUACAGUUCCUCGGGUUCCUUCUGUUAAUGAGACAAUCCAGUCCAGCACUUUGAAUUCCAGAAAGCGUCCGUCCGGAGGAAGCGGCCGGUAUUCACCUGCCGGAGUCUCGGCAGAAGAACUAGAGCGUGCCACUGAUCAAAUCGCCCGUAUCACAGCAGAAUGUGAAACUCUGGCAGUAAGACUCGCGGAGGAAGAAAUUUCCCGAGCAGAGCUCGAAUUAAGGUUAAGGGCAACCGAAGGAAAGUGCCUAAUAAUAGAACAAGAAGCUCGAGAGGAAGCCUGGGCUGAGAUGGAAGAACGUUUAGAAGAAGAAAGAAGGAGGUGGCAGCGUGCUUGGGCUGAACAGGCCGAUCGCAACGACGAGCACCUAGACAAGAAAAUUGAGCUUCUCUCGAAGGGAUUCCAAAUUUAUGAAGACCCAGAGCCUUCGGCGGAUGAGCGAGUCGUGGAACUUGAGCAAGAAAAUGCCCAACUCCGCAGUAAAAUCGCAGCCUUGGAACGUGAACUAAUGGGCCGCUCUCCAACCAAGAAGUCGAAGAUUAGAAAUAAGUCAUCCGAAGCGCUUUGUCGCGAAAGUGACAUUGAAAAUGCACUACGCCGGAUGGAUCAAUUGAAACUCACCGACAAUACCGUCUUCUCACCUGCUCCAACGGGGAACUCCCCUGUGAAGCGGAAACAGAGAAAGAUGGCAACAAGACGAUGGGACUUGGGCCCUGAAGAAGAGAUCUAG